CAUCUCUAACUGUAGUCAAGAUCAUUAAACAUUUGGAAACAUAAAUUGAUAAGCUAAAGGUUCUCACCUAAACUGGGUGUUAAGAUCAAGUAGCCGCUCAAAUAACAUGCUUAGCCAAAUGCGUCCGAGGGGCUUCAACGCGAUAACCAUACUCCAAAGGUCACUCACCAAAACGGCCACCGCCUAUGCUUCUCCAUUCGCCGUAAACCACCGUCGGAUCAAUGCCCUCGAUGGCCAUAGCAAUUGCCGGUUCUGUUCGUGCGCCAAGCCGGCUGCGUUCCAACUCAAACCUAACGACAAAAUAUUCCACCAAAUCACACAGAUCGAUGAGGAGGUCGCCAAGCUGUUGGCCCUCAAGGCCAAACUGCAGGACGAACCGGAGCGGGCCAACAAGAAUAUCACACUGAAAACGCCGAAAGGCACCCGGGACUAUGGCCCGGAAGCGAUGGCCCUCCGAAUGGACAUCCUGGAGCGGGUGAAGACCAUCUUCAAGAAGCACGGCGCCGAAACGAUCGAUACGCCGGUGUUUGAGCUGAAGGAAGUGCUCACCGGAAAGUACGGUGAGGACAGCAAACUGAUCUACGACCUGAAGGAUCAGGGCGGGGAGAUUUUGGCGCUGCGGUACGAUCUGACGGUGCCGUUUGCCCGGUUCGUCGGCAUGGGCAACGUGUUCAACAUCCGGCGGUAUCACAUCGCGAAGGUCUACCGGAGGGACAACCCGGCUAUGACCCGCGGACGCUAUCGGGAGUUCUAUCAGUGCGAUUUCGACAUUGCCGGAACGUACGAUCCGAUGCUGCCGGAUGCGGAGUGCGUCAAGGUCGUGGCGGAGAUUCUGACCGAGCUGGAUAUUGGGGAGUUUGUGGUGAAGUUGAAUCAUCGGAAACUGUUGGACGGAAUGUUCGAGGCUUGUGGCGUGCCGGCGGAUAAGUUCCGGACGAUCUGCUCGUCGGUGGACAAGUUGGAUAAGACCCCGUGGGAGGAGGUCCGGAAGGAGAUGAUGGACGAGAAAGGUUUGGAGGGGGAGAUUGCCGAUCGGAUUGGGGAGUAUGUGAGGAUGAAUGGCGGAGCGGAAUUGGUGGACAAGCUGGCGGAGGAUGAGAAACUUAAGAAUAUUAAGUCGGCAGUCGAAGGAAUUGAAGAUAUGCGACUGUUGCUGCAGUAUUGCGAAAUAUUCGGACUUAAGGACAAGAUCGUGUUCGAUCUUAGCUUGGCCCGGGGAUUGGAUUACUACACGGGAGUUAUCUACGAAGCGGUUCUGAAGGCAGAACCGUUACCGGUGGAAAACGGUAAGAAAGGAAAGGACAAGGAAGAGGAAGUCAGUGUUGGGUCGGUGGCCGGAGGUGGACGGUACGACAAUCUGGUGGGGAUGUUCAACCCAAAGCGGAAACAGGUUCCGUGCGUGGGUGUUUCAAUCGGCGUGGAGCGAAUCUUUUCGAUUCUGGAGGCCAAGAGCCAGCAGAAGAUCCGAACGACGGAGAUCGAGGUUUACGUGGCGUCAGCGCACAAGGGACUGCAUUUGAAGCGGAUGGAAGUGCUGAACAAGCUGUGGGAUGCUGGCGUUAAGGCGGAACACCCCUACAAGCAGAACCCCAAACUGCUGGCCCAGUUGCAGUACUGCGAAGAGAACCAGAUUCCCUUCGCGGUGGUUCUCGGCGAUGGUGAGCUAUCGCGGGGUGUCGUCAAGCUGCGAGAAAUCUCCACCCGAAAGGAGGACGAAGUACCGUUGGAAUCACUGGCGGAGGAGAUCCGGAAACGACUGACGGUUUGAAGUUUGAAGUAGUAUGUUUAUAGUGUCCAAUCCAGACAGAAAAUCAGCGACAAGAAAUUUCAAGACAUGAUGGGAAAUAGUUGAUAGGAAGGAUCAUUUUAAGAAUUCGUGACUUCGGAGUCUAACAUACAUAUGGUUAAGCAAUAGUACACACAUUUGCAUACAAACCAACGAUCUUGGGGUUUUUCAGGCAUUUAUCUCUUGGGAGAGCUUUGGCAAAAGUCCUUUGAAAUUGCAGUUAAUUGUCUAGUUUACAAUUUUCACUAUGGUACUGUUAUAGUCAUCUCAUAUUCCCGGGUUUUACACAUAGUCCUACACUAUCGUACUUAGCAACGAAUAGUUAGGAGCAAUCAAUUUGAUUGAAAUCAUCCUAUUUAAACCCCAUUGUGGCAGACACAACUUUGUUGAAAAGCCCUUGAAACGAAAUUAUUUAUCAAGGAUGUCAUAAAUUCACUUCCAAAUAUUUGCCGUAGUGUAGGUACAUAGUUAACUAUUGAACGUGCAUACAUAAUAUCAUUGAUAACAAUAAUAACUAGAUAUAAAUCGCUACGAACUAUGCUUAAAAUUUGCACUUUUAUAUUUAACUUUAUGUUUGCUAAAUUAUACUGUGAAUUUGAAUGCA